AUGUCCUUUACAAAAACGUAUUUUCUGUGUCCAACAUCCGAUUUCAUCCACCCACCACCAGCGGGCCCGCUAUGUCUUGGGUCUAUAAUCCGAUCUACGUCAACACCGCAAUACCCUCUGAAUAGAGCGAGAAUCGUUGCCGUUGCCGACGCAGCCCCCCCUGUCGUGGAGACUGACUGGAAGAAGACCAUUUCUACCGAGAAAGGCUUCGGUCUGGGUGUUUAUGCACAGUUCCUGCAGCUGGCUACCGGUGGAUUGCCCCUUGGUCCUGAAGUUAACGUUGAGCGCUCCAACAAAAGGGCGAAUGCGUUCGCAUUUGACACGGUGACGACUCUGGCAUUUGAGCCAACACAAGAAUAUGUACAAGAAGCCAUCAAAGCACCUGCCGUGCAGACGUGGCUGAGGGAGCCCAGGCAAAAAUUCUCCCCCGUUGUCUCGCUCUUCCUCGUCACAGGCUUGAAGCUCGUCAAAGGCGCGAGGAUCAAAUACUUAACUUCGCGGAGCACGACGGCCACUGGGAACAUUGGAAUCGACGUGCCUGCACUAGGCACAACCUUUGGCCCAAAAGGUCACUGGGUCACCACGAAUGACGAUCAGACGGAAUUUAACCGUGAGUCCGAAUUUGUGUUUGCGUUCCGUGUCAAAAGGCUCAAGUUCGGGCGAAGAUUGAAAGUUGAGGAUUACAACAAGGGUGCUUUUCUGGCCGUUGACGGAGGACAAGAAGACGGCGAAUCUGUUCUAGUCGAGGAUGUGGAUGGGUCUGAGAUUAAGACUGCGAAAGCCGUUCCCGAUGUGACCGAGAAUGGCAAUGUCUAUUGCGUCCCCGCUUAA